CAACGUCACACUUCAUGCUGUCAAUAUUAAUUGUCCUCUCUCAACAGAGCCAGUGAGUGUGAUGUUCAAGAUGUACUGUCUGUCAGUGAUGACACUGGUGGCAGCAACUUACACCGUGGUAUUACGAUACACAAGGACAAUAUCAUCAACAGCUAUGUACUUCUCUACAACAGCAGUAUGCAUCACAGAGGUUAUUAAAUUGUUAUUGAGCCUUGGGAUGUUGACCAAGUAAGUAUAUCCAAUGUACUACUGUUUUCAUGACCAUCCAAAUAAUGUUCCAAAUGCACUUGGAUAGCUAUCACUUGCUCUUUACAUGUGGUCUCUGCCUUGAAGAAAAACUGUAGAACACCCUUGUGUUUAGUAUUUUGUUGAAUGAAUGCCCCAGUAGCUCAGAUUUUACACAUUUUUGUCUUCAUUUUCACCUUGCAGAGAAACUGGCAGCUUUGGCAGGUUAAAAGCAUCCAUAGUUGAACAUGUAUUUUGGAGUCCAAAAGAGCUGCUGAAACUGUGUGUUCCCUCUGUGGUCUAUGCAGUUCAGAAUAACAUGGCCUUCGUUGCCUUGAGCAAUCUUGAUGCAGCUGUGUAUCAGGUAUAAACUAGAAAUGUCACGAUUUCUGCAGAAAACACCACAUUAAGAAUUGAUAUGUCUAUAUUUCCUUUCUGGCUCAUAUUCUCACUGUAUAUCCCUACCUAGGUGACCUAUCAGUUGAAGAUCCCGUGCACAGCCCUGUGCAUGGUCCUCAUGCUGAACCGCUCUCUCAGCAGGCUGCAGUGGUUCUCAGUCUUUAUGCUGUGUGGGGGCGUCGCACUGGUCCAGUGGAAACCGGCAGAGGCCACUAAAGUCCAGGUACCCUUAGUGUUUCUGUUUGGCUUUUUAUUUAACCUUUAUUUAUCCAGGAAGUCCCAUUGAGGUCAGAAUACCUAUUUUAUAAGGGAGACAUGGCCAAUGGGUAUACUGGUUUGUUGCUGAUGUUCUAAUGGCUUGUUUACGAUCAAAGUUUGACGUUUGGAAUUCUCUGCCAUGUCUAUUUGAUAUGGAUCUUAUACACUUUUCACAUAGGAUUUAUGGUAUGUUGCCUGUAAAAAAAAAAAAAAAAAAAAAAGGCACAUUUUUACCACAUUCUUGCCAGCAUAAACCUUUUAAAUACAUCCAAUGGCAUGAAUAGAAUAGUAUAUUUUCAGUUGAAUUAUGUUACUGGUUUCUGCAGCCUAUAGGCUACAUGGCUGCCCCAUGCAAAUGAAAUAAAUAUUUUGUUCAUUAAACAGACAAGACACAUUCCCCGUAUCACAUUUUAUUUGUCACAUGCUCCGACAGGUGUAGACCUUACAAGCCCUUAACCAACAAUGCAGUUUUAAGAAAAAUAAGAGUUAAAGUAUUUACUAAAAUAAACUGGGGCGGCCCAGGACUGAGUUUGGGAAACCCUGCACUAGAUGACUGUAAGGGGGGGCUCUUCUGAAGUCACCGUUCGCCAUUAUGAUACUCCUCAUAAGGAACAGCCUCAUAGGAAUUAAUGGAAAUUUACAGUAUUUCAAUGUAAUGUUUCAAGGACAAAAAUACAUGCUUUAAGUAUUUUUUGUUGUUGUAGUGGGGACUGCUACAUAAGAACUAUUUUUAAAAUCCAAAAUAUUUGUAUAUUUAAAAAAUAAAAAUGAUUGGCUUCUGUUCAGUUCAUACUUUUUUUUUUUUUUACAAUACAUAAUAGUAUGUAUUAGUGUCUGUAAUGAAAGAGAAAAAAUAAGUAUAUCUUCCAAAACCUGUAGCUCUCUACACUAAAAAGCAUUAUACCAUGGUGUUGUUGAAUAAUCGUUUCUGAUUGUCUUGAAGGGCAUUCUAGAGCAUGUAUUAUUUCCCUAUAAUGCACAGUAUAUUUGCAUGGCAGAAUUCAAUGACAUGUUCUAUGUUUGAGUUGCUUUUGAAAGCAAAAGUCAAAUUGAAAACAUUAUUGGCAUUGUUGAAUUUGAUUUUCAUAAUAGCACUCUAGGACUGAGGGUUUGGUUAGCUCAGUGCUUCUCAAUUAUUUUCUGUUGCGCUGAUAGGUCUAGGAAGAAGUAAACAUUUUGCGCCCCCCAACUCUCCGCCGCAACUGGAAAUAGUAUCAUUUGUCUAUGAAAUUGUUCUAAGUACACCUCUGCAUAACAUUGUAUCCUUAUUAACAUUAAAGAAAAUAAAAUAAAGAAAUAUAGAUCAACUUACAACAAAGAAUAACUUUAUUAACAUUGUUUUUUAGUCUGUAACAGAAAAGACUUAAAGUGCAUCAAUUUGCCUGAAAUUUGCCUUAUUUAAACUGUAAAAAAUUUUUGACCAUUUGAUACUGAAAAAUAAAAUAUAAUCAAUAAAUAAUAAUAAAUUCAAAUUGAUCAGCAACAUGAACUCAGGAGCCCAAUAUAUGAAACACUGACCUAUAAAACAAAAAUGAAUAAAACCAUUUAUGCUGAUUUUUUUUUUUAGCAAAAUGAGGAAGUCAGCAUUAAUGGCAAAAGGCACGUUUGUCUUUGAGUUUAUCUACCAGCUGUUCUUUAAGAUCGUUAGCAAUGUCAUUUAUACGUCUGGCGACAGUGUCAUUGGACAGAGGGAUAGUUUUUAUUUUUGCAGCACUUGCGUCAUCCAGCAUGACAGAGACCUUGUCUAAUGCUGAAGGCAGUAUCAGCUCCUCUGCUAUGGAUUGUUUUUUUUUUGGCACUGAGCAAUUUGGUACGCCACCUUAUAUGAUGCUAACAGUGCUCGCUGGUUUACUGAAGUAGCAUUCACAAAGCGGGAAGAUUGUUGGCAAUAUUCGGCACGUUUUCGCUGAAAAAACUCAAGCGGCUUAUCAGCGUGAUUGGGGUGUAAUGUAUUUAAGUGACGCCUUAAUUUAUUUGGCUUCAUGCUGUCCGCUGCCAACAUUUUUAGACACAGUAAACAUACCGGUCUUUCCUCUUCUCCCACCGUAGUCACAGUGAAGCCAAGCGCGACAUACGCUUCGUCAUAUUUCCUCGUCUUAGCUUUCGGGAGACUUACGUUUGUCUCAUUAUCUCCGUCUCUCUCCGCCUUUCUUUUCAUCCCUGUUAAAUAUGUUUCCAUGGCGUCUCUUAAGGGUUUGUUAUCUGCACUAGCAAGUCUGUUUUGUUUGGUUACCAAGGCAACUACUGUCGCUAUCUAGUAAACUUGCUAGCUACUUCAGUGGAUGUUGAACACAUUUCUAGAGGCAAAUGAACACAUUUAUAGCCAUGGUAUAAAAGGGAUAAUCAACUCGUGGCUCUAUGCAUUCUCUGAAAAGGUGUCGUGGAACACACCUUCCACAUCGUUCAUUAUUUUCCAUAGAAUGCAUAGCCGCUUGUUGUUGAUUAUCCCUUACACAAUGUUGAUUACUAUAAUGCAAAGCUGGAGAAGUUAAUGCAUUAUCCCAUAAUGUUUUCAAUAUUGCUGACCAAUUUAAGAUCAAUGUGAAGCCAGUAAAAAGAAAUUGCAAUAGUCGAGGACAAUAAACCUAAGAACUGGUUCACUCAGACUGUAAAAAACACCGGGUUCACUGGUGGCCUUUUUGUAUACAUCAUGUAAUACUAGGCCAGCUGCUAACGUUAACUACAUUCAUUGUCAAUGCACAAUAUUUGUGAAAGGACUAUUAGAAAAUCCAUAAGAACAGCAGUUAAAAUUCUACGCAUGUAUCACCACUCCUUCCAUGCUUAAUAACAUCAACAAUGGGUUAUCGUUUUGUAAACUAGCAAGCAUUCAUGGACGUUUGCUUACAUGCGUUUCUAUAGUUACAAAAGCUGUCAGGAGCAGUCUCUCUCCAAAAUAGACCAAAAAGAAAAUGUUCUACACUAACAAUUGUUAUACUUACAUAUGAAAUGUCUUUCCACAUCCCUUGAAUUGGUGCUGGCUGCAUCUAUUUGUGACAACCUCGUGGCAUUGUUGACAAGUUGGCUCAUUUAAUUUGGGGAUAUUGUUUUUUCCCUGAUUCACUUCCAUUAAUCAAAGCCCCGAUAGGAAGAGUAUGAUAAUUGCGGCCCGGUGGCUUCAAAGGCUCUUAUUAGCAAAGACAUAGCGGUUUGUAUAAGUCAUUGGUCCCCACACUUCUCAAAGCAGUGCGAUGGCACUGUCCCAAUCAAAACAGUGCUGAAAUGAUGUAGUUCAGUGGUUCCAAACUUUUUCACUCGGGAAGAGAAUUUUGCAGGUUUAAAGCUUAUUUCCUGCAAUUCUACACAUUUUGUCAUGGGGUGCAAAGAGAAUUUUGCAGUUUUAAAACUAUUUUUUAAAUUACAAUUCUAUACAUUGUCUAAUGUGUAUUCAUGUGAUAUUGGAGUGACAAAAAAUGUACAACAAUAUCUAUGGACUGAAAAACCUAAAUAAAAAAACGUCAACUGACAUAGGCUAGUUGAUCCGGACAUUUAUGACAAGUUAUAAAUAGCUCUCUAAGGCAUGCAAUGACUAACAUGAUGAUGCACUGCCCAUUUCAAAAUUGCACCUUGUGCAUUCUAUUAUUACAACUUUCAAGAGUAUGUUUAAAGCCGACACCUCGCAUGCCCCACAGUUUGGGAAGCACUGAUCUAGUUGACCAGACGUGAGUAGGCUAUUGCUUCAAAUGUAUGAUAACAAUUGGAUGACUGGGAGUUUCAGUAAGCAACAAUUUGAUACAUGACUUUUUGCAUUAGCCUACUUUAUUUCAGUAUUUUCAUAUUCAACCCCACAGUAAAUCUUUAUGGAUUCAUCCAGUUGUGGUUAAGAAAACAGCCCACCACUAAGCAUGCACUAUGUGAAACUCCCGAGUGGCGCAGUGGUCUAAGGCACUGCAUCCCAGUGCUAGCUGUGCCACUAGAGAUCCUGGUUCGAAUCCAGGCUCUGUCGUAGCCGGCCGCGACCGAGAGACCCAUACGGCGGCGCACAAUUGGCCCAGCGUCGUCCAGGGUAGGUGAGGGAAUGGCCGGCAGGGAUGUAGCUCAGUUGGUAGAGCAUGGCGUUUGCAACGCCAAGGUUGUGGAUUUGUUUCCCACAGGGGGCUGCUAAAUGACAAAUGUAACAGCCAAGGUUACAGCCUAGUAAUGGGUGCUGCCUAGCAAAUAAAUGUCUCUAUUUGUUUUAUUGGAAAGCUGUGAGUGUUAUUAUGAUACAAUAUCAGUACUUGUUGCAUUUCCAAGUCCUAUCAUCAACUGAUUUCAGCCUGUGAAUUGACUGUGUUGUUUGAAUGGACUAUUGGCAUAUUUGUAGUUAAUUUGCCAGUUCCUCUAAAACUGGCUGGCUAGCUAGUUAACAAACAUACUGUGCAGAAAUUCUUCAAAUUCAUUAUUUUACACUAUCUUAUCACAGCACUGGCAAACCAUGGUUGACCAACUCCCUGACCAAAAUGACUGACCUUUAUCCCAUCAUAAGAAGGUUCAUGUCCAUUCUAGUAUUAUAAUUCUUAAUUCUAUGGUCGUUCGUGCCAAUGCUGCUUUGGCAUUACGGCUACGUUUCAUACUAAGCCGUAGAUGGAACUUUACUGCAAUCAUGACUAGGUCGGUUGGUGGAAUUAAAAGCACUGGCUUUCCUUUGUUACUGGCAAUACCUUUCAGAUAUAAAGAAAAGGCGGCAAAAGGUUGCCGGCAUGGUAAAGUUGGGGGCUAAAUGUCUUGGUAUGUAAGGAGUAUUCGACAUGUUCUAAUCUUUUUAGGUGGAGCAGAACCCUUUUUUGGGGUUUAUGGCCAUUGCUGUCGCUGUGUUGUGCUCUGGGUUUGCAGGUAAUCUUGCUAUCUCUUUAUACCUUUUAAUAUUCUAUAACAUAAUUGAUGAUGAUAAUGGCAGGUUUUUAUCUAAUGGUGUCCCUUUGUGUUUGAACAGGUGUGUACUUUGAGAAGGUCCUAAAGAGCUCAGACACAUCCUUAUGGGUGAGGAACAUCCAGAUGUACCUGUCUGGCAUCGUGGUCACCCUCGCUGGUGUUUACAUGACGGAGGGUGCUCAGGUCAUAGAGAAAGGCUUCUUCUACGGUUACACGCCUUGGGUGAGCGUUGUAGUCUGUGAGUCAAAUUUCAAUAUUGAUACAUGAACAUAUUCCUGAGUUUCUUGCUUUUCUACAAUGCCUGGAGAAAUGUACAUUGUUUUAAACUUUUCCUAAUGUAAAUUUGUGUUGUACAUUGAAUUUACAUUUGGUAUUUUCUUCUUCCAGUUCUGGCCAGUGUGGGUGGUCUGUACACAUCAGUGGUGGUGAAGUACACAGACAAUAUCAUGAAAGGCUUCUCUGCUGCAGCCGCCAUCGUUCUCUCUACUGUGGCAUCCGUCACUCUGUUUGGGCUACAGAUAAGUGAGUCAAAUCAUUCACAUCUUUGUGGGCAUGGACUAUCAUAAAUUACUGUUCAGCCACUAGGCUUUGUGUGGUCUCUGACACGCGAGUACUAAUAUAGCUUAGCAGUGUUUCCCUUAAGAUUUAUUUUCAGCUGUUGUGGCAACGGGUGGGUACAUUGCUACUAGCGCAAUGACAUGCUACCUGUUCCCAUAGACUUCCAGUCAUUAAGCCAACUACUAUCCAUUUAAAGUGCGUCUCGGCAGAUAUUUAUAUAUUACUAAAUUACAUCAUUUUUAGCAGCGAUCGCAACAAUUUAGCACCUGUGGGCAACCGCUGCUAAAUGAAUAUAGGGGAAACACUGAUUUGAACAUAUUUUUGAGUGAAUUUAUCAAUAGUCCAUGGCAGGUUUUCAGUAACCAUGUUCACUUUUCAUGCAGCUGCUACCUUUGCCUGUGGAGCAAUGCUGGUGUGUGUCUCCAUAUACCUUUAUGGACUUCCGAAACAAGACACCACCAAGCUUCCAAGAGCAGACACUGAGUCCAGGCAGAAACUGAUCACAGUUUGAAGUCUGGAAGAACAAAAAUGUUUAUGGUCUUUCCUGACCUCUGUGUUGGAGCUGCCCAUAGGCCCUCUUUCACACUGAAGUCUACUGUUGUGUCCCAUAAUAAGAGUGUCGGCAAGGAACUUAAAUAAUAUAGAUGAAUCAUUAUAUCAGUGAUGCUGGAGCAUUAAGGGAAGGUAUUUCAAAUACACUUAUGCUUCAAUAUUCUGUGGGGAGUGUGGCGCUGAGGCAGAAUGUAUGCAUAGAAAAUAAAUACCAUUGGGUUUUUAUUCCUUAUUUUUUUGUUUACUGUGUGACUGCUGUUAGUCUUGGACAAUAGUUUUCAUGAACCACUGUCAAUGUCAAGUACUCCACAAUUGACAAAGUACUGAAUGUAUAUACACAGCUGACAGAAUCUCACCUGGGAGAGCCUGGACAUUUACAGUCC